AUGGGCAGGAAUCUUUUUCAGAUCGUCUUCUACGAGGACAAGAACUUCCAGGGCCGACGUUACGAGUGUGACAGCGACUGCUCAGACUUCCACGCCUACCUGAGCCACUGCAACUCCAUCCGGGUGGAUAGUGGCGCCUGGGUGGUGUACGAGAGGCCCAACUAUUUGGGAUACCAGUACGUCCUGACCAGGGGGGAGUACCCGGAGUACCAGCGCUGGAUGGGACUGAACGAUCACCUCAGCUCCUGCAAGAUAAUCCACUUUACCAGUGGGGCUCUGUACAAGAUGCACCUGUAUGAAAAGGCAGACUUCGGGGGUCAGGCCCUAGAGGCCACAGACGACUGCCCCUCACUCUUGGAGAAGUUCCGCUGGAGGGAGGUCAACUCAUGUAAGGUCUUCGAAGGCUGGUGGGUUUUCUAUGAGCACCCCAACUACCGUGGACGCCAGUACUUCCUGGAGAAGGGGGAGUACCGCAAGCCUGGCGACUGGGGAGCUGUCAGUCCUACAGUUCAGUCCUUCAGGCGUUUCAGUGAAUGAUUUGCAACCAAAACCUACCCCAAAAAAUUCAAAAGUCGAAGUAUGCCUUUCAUUGAUUGACUUUGAGCUUUUUGAACCGAGGUCUCAAAAAUAAAACCUGUCCAGUCAGUAGAACACGUUUC